AGAGCUUCUCUCUCCUCUUGAGGGUUUGGUCUCUCUUUUUGAGGGUAUAGGUUUUCUUCACAAACUUCGCCGCCGCUCUUUCUUUCCUUAGAUCAUGGAUGCUGUUGUCAACUCCAUGGCAACUUUCUCUCUUACAGCUGAAGAGGGCGAGCUGGUGAUUCUGCAACAAGAGGAGAUCAGUGACAACUUGAAAGACUUCCCCAACAGUGCCGUAGGAAAAAUCCUUUCUCACCGGAUCUUGAAUAAAACUGCUGUCCGAACAGUCUUCCGUAGAGCUUGGGGUUUUGGUGACGAUCUCCGCAUUUUUGACCUCGGCCCGAACUUCUUCCAGUUCAUCUUCCCCAAUGAAUUCGCACUAAAUCGAGUAUUAGACGAAGCACCGUGGUACAUGGAUAAUCACCUAUUAGUUUUAAAGAAAUGGGAGCUGGGUAUGAGUGUGGAAAAUGCUAAAUUUGACUCUUGCCCCUUCUGGAUCCAUGCCCAUGGUCUCCCACUAGUUUGCCAUUCCCCAAAAGUGGCUCAAUCUCUGGGUUCUGCAGUUGGUGGUUUUAUCUCUGCAGAGGAUCGGUCUUUUGGCAAAUCGUCCAAUGCCUAUUUACGCUUCCGGGCAUUAGUCUACUUAGACAAACCCAUUCGUAGAGGCUGCUUUGUUCUUACUCCGGAUGGCUCUAAAGUUUGGGUCUCUUUUCGUUAUGAAAGACUGAUGGAGUUCUGCUUCUACUGUGGAGUUCUUGGUCACGAUGAAAAGCGGUGUAGCCUCCACUUUGAAGCUGUGAAGAACAACAAAGAUGUUUCGUCACAAUAUGGCCCCUGGCUCAGUACUGCAUCAAUGGGGGGCCGGCAUAAAAACAGUAAUACUUCUUCGGGGUCAAAACACAACUCUGCUGGUUCCUCGCUGGGUGAAUCUGGGAAAGCCCACACAACUUACAAGAACUUGAAUACAACAGCUGUAGAAGAAGAAGAAGGUUCCGUUGGAUCCAUCCCUGUUGGAAGAAAAAAUGGGCCCACUGGAACUGAGAAGCUGUCUGAACCAGAGAUGGAGAAAGUCCAAUCGAGCUUAGUGGAUAUUGGGCCCUGCAAGCAGGAUUUGGGAGCUAAUGAACGACUACAAGCUAUUUUUAACACUCUUGUUGGCACCGGGUCAAGUAGUGGUAUGGAGUUCACCUCAGGUGGUACCAAUACCUCUGGGGCACCCACCCCUUUGAAUCAACAUCAGAAAGCUGCUGGCUCGAAACAGAGGAAAGGAUCACGUUUGAAAGAAAAAGCGAGGAAUAUCAGAGUGCAUACCACUUUAACCCAGAUGGAGGUGGAUAAACUAGAUUUGGUGGUUGGAUCUAAAAGAACCAGAAUAGAGGAGCCUGAUAACUCUAUUCCCAAGAAAUACAGGCAAGAAUAUGUGACUGGUGCAACACCCUCACACUCUUUAUUGGCAGUGGCUGCCCAGAAUCAGCCACGCCAGGCGCAAUGAAAAUCAUACUUUGGAACUGUCGGGGGUUG